GCCAGGCGGCUAGGCGCUGCUCGUUCUCCCACUCUCCGCUCUGUCCGCGAGUCUCAGGGCUCCGCAGUGACUUCCCGGGCUCCGGUUCCGGAAGUGGGCUCAACUCCUGCGGUUCCUGGCCCCGGGCCGCGACAGUCUCCACGGUGGCGGCCACUACAUCUCGCCCCACGUCGGCAGCGCUCGGCGCCGUAGUGCCGACGAGCCCCGAGCCCAUGACAGGCCAGGGCCAGUCCGCGGCCGGGUCGGCGGCGUGGAGCGGCAUGUUCCGCCACGUCCGGUACGAGAACCUGGUGGCCGGCGUGAGCGGCGGGGUCUUGUCCAACCUGGCGCUGCACCCGCUGGACCUCGUGAAGAUCCGCUUCGCUGUGAGUGAUGGACUGGAAGUGAGACCAAAAUAUAAUGGAAUUUUACAUUGCUUGACUACCAUUUGGAAAGUUGAUGGACUUCGAGGACUUUAUCAAGGAGUAACCCCAAAUGUGUGGGGUGCAGGUUUAUCCUGGGGACUCUACUUUUUCUUUUACAGUGCCAUCAAGUCCUAUAAGACAGAGGGAAGAGCUGAACAGCUAGAACCAAUAGAAUACCUUGUCUCGGCUGCUGAAGCUGGAGCCAUGACACUCUGCAUUACAAACCCAUUUUGGGUGACAAAAACUCGCCUUAUGUUGCAGUACGGUGGUGUUGUUAACCCUUCACAGAGACAAUACAAAGGAAUGUUUGAUGCCCUUCUGAAGAUAUAUAAAUAUGAAGGAGUGCGUGGAUUGUACAAGGGAUUUGUCCCUGGGCUAUUUGGAACAUCACAUGGUGCUCUUCAGUUUAUGGCAUAUGAAUUGCUAAAGUUGAAGUACAAUGAACACAUCAAUAGAUUACCAGAAGCCCAGCUGAGCACAGCAGAAUAUAUCUCUGUUGCAGCACUAUCCAAAAUAUUUGCUGUAGCAGCAACAUACCCGUAUCAGGUUGUGAGAGCCCGUCUUCAGGACCAGCAUGUGUCUUAUGGUGGUGUGAUGGACGUGAUCAUAAAGACGUGGAGGAAAGAAGGUGUCGGUGGAUUUUACAAAGGAAUUGCCCCCAAUUUGAUUAGAGUGACUCCAGCCUGCUGCAUCACCUUUGUGGUUUAUGAAAAUGUUUCACACUUUUUAAAUAACCUUAGAGAAAAGAAAGUAAGCUAAAAGAAGAUUCCAGUAUAUCUUCUUGAAGCAGCAACAUACUCCGUUGUGUUCAAAACAAAACUCAGAAGAACACUACAAAGCAACAUAGCUCAUAAUCAACGUUUGUCUGUUGGAAGUCAAAGGACUGCCAAGCCAUGGUGAUGUUUUCUGCCCUCUGCUUCUGCAUAUGUGUGGAGCUUGGCUGCCUCUGUGUGGAGUGGAUGCCAUCAGCAUAAUGUUGAAACUGAUAACCAGUGAAAAUGUACAAGAUCUUCCAUUUCAUUGUUCAAGUAGAAGUUAAUUUGUAAAUAAUUUGAUGAAUAUUCUUUCUGAACUCUCUUGCCUGGAUUGGCUUUAAAACUGACCCAUGUGCAGCAGCAAGGAACUGGCUUCUUACAAGAACAACUGUAUUUCAAGGGUCAAUUAAACUUGGGGACUUAUAAAGAAGGGGUUAUCCAAAUCCCCAUUUUGAAUGGGGAUAUUUUUGUUAGAAAACAGUACAGGGCUUUAGCAUUGAUCUAAUUGGACCACACCAACUACAGAGAUUGGAGAAGUAUGUAUCUGUCUGAGAGAUACCUAGUACCUUUUGCUGUUCCAUUAAUUAUUGACAGUGUGAUUCUGAACCCAGACCUUGUUUUUUGGCCAUAAACUUGGUGUGUGGGUGGAGUGUGUAAGGUCCUUCAAAUGUGAUGCCCUGAAGGAAUAUAAUUUCCAGGAUGCUGUGAAGCCUUUCUUCAGCAUGUGUGGUUACAGAUCACUCAACAGAAAUGCCUGGCCCACAUCUCAGAGAGAUGGAAUGUUUCCUUUGAGUUUCUUGAAAAACUGAAUAGAAAUAAGCAUUCUUUUUUUCCCUUAAUUUUUAGAUUUGUGGAUCUAAAUUCCAAAUAAAUGAUUUGUCUACAUUGGUUGCUCAAAUUCAGGUUGAAAUACAAAUUACAUGUUUGUGGCCAUUACUGAUUUGAUUUAUGUGUCGUUGUAGGUCUGCAGGUACUAAACCCAAAAGGAUGCUAGACUAAUACUAUUCUGAAAAACUGUCAGUGCUAUUGCACUAUUUUUUUUGUAAAUAAAACAAAGCUAUAUUUAUAGGGUUCUUUGAAAACAAGCCUAUUGUUUUAUAUUUUGGAAAUGGCAUUGCUCUUAAAAUAAAAAAACAAAAGAUAAUUUAUAUUUA